CUAAAAAGUCCAAUUCCUUAGAUUCCCAUUGUAGUAGGGUUUUGAAUUUGGCGCAAACGAAAACGAAAACAAGAAGCGAAUAAAGUAACAAUGGGGCGUAGAAGAGUCGAAAUCAAGAGAAUCGAAGACAAAGCCAGAAGACAAACCACCUUCACAAAGCGCCGUGACGGCCUCUUCAAGAAGACCGGCGAGCUCUGCAACUUGUGCGGCACCGAAGCCGCCGUCAUCACCUUCUCCAACGCCGGCAACACCUUCGCCUUCGGCAACCCCUCCGUCGACUCCGUCCUCGACCGUUACCUCUCCAUGACCUCAUCAUCCUCCAGAGCCUCCGUGGACGGCGGCGAGGUGGCGGCGGCUGAACGAGUGAGAGAGAGGGAAGAGAGGCUUGCGGAGGCUCUGGCUAGGUUGGAGGUCGAGAAGAAGAGGGGAGAGGCGAUCGAUGAGGCUUUGAGUAUGUUGAAAUUGAAUGAGGAUGUCGUUGUUGGAGAUUCGAAAGUUAGGGCUUCGGAGGAGAUGGGGGAGAUUCGGAGUGCGGUGGAGAUGGCUCAAUUGGAAGCGGAGAAGAAGCAUGAUGAGGUUGUUGAUGAGAUGUUGACGAUGUUGAAUGCGAAGGCUGAAGCUUCGAGAUUGAAAGAAGUUGAACAGGAGGUUGGGAUGGAUGUGGAUGAGGAGACGACUGAAUUGCAAAUCGGAAACAAAAGCCAAAGAGGUGAUCGAUGAUUCUACUGUUCCUCAUGGUUGUGAAUUAGGGUUUUGGAUUCUACUUAAUCAGAAUCCCCCUUUCUGGUUUCUUUAGCUGCAUUGUGUACAGUAGGUAGUAUAGAAAUCUUGAUUGAGAAUGGAUCCCUUUUUUUUUUUGUUCUUGUUCUUGGCUGAUUCUUAUUUUCAUGGAAAAUACUAGAGUCUUGUUGUUCUUGUUUUGAGAUGAA